AUGUCGCAUUCUGGAGAAGGAAGAAGCGAUAUCGAAGCCAAUAGGUCGAGUGAAACUCCAAAUUCGACCUACAGCUCGAAGCGAAUGAAAAUGGCACAGGCUCAAGUGAGCGAGGUUAUCGAUGUGAUGAAGAACAAUGUCAACAAGGUGUUGGAACGCGAGAAUCAUCUAGCGAGUCUUGAUCAGCGCGCGGAUAACCUUCAGGCCGGAGCAUCGCAGUUUCAACAAUCGUCGCGCAGUUUGCGGCAAAAGUAUUGGUGGCAGAAUGUUCGGAUGAUGAUCAUCAUUGGCGUCAUUGUUGGAGUCUUACUCUUGCUAAUUAUUCUAUGGGCAAGCAACUAG